AAUGAGCUUCUCCUUUACUCAGUUGUAUCCCUCUUGAAGCAAAGCGAAGGAAUAAAAAAAAAGGCCCCUCCCCCAUUUCUAUCUGAAAACUCUUUCUCAAGCAAGGCUGGUAACUUGAAAUACUCGAAAAGCAAAACAAAAUCGAAAUCGGAUGACUUUUUGAAAGGAAAUUUUAGGGUUUCCGUUUCAUUAUGUCUUCGAUAAAGAUGAACUCGUGCAACAGCAACAAUGGCGAGAGCAAAAACGGGACGAGCAACAGUUUAGCAAGCGUAAACCACGAUCUCGGCUUAUACUUCUUGGAGCUGGCUCGGCUUGGCUCGGCUAAGGCUCCGACGGAGAUGGAGGAGGAUGAGGAGGAGGCUCCGAAAGAGCUCAACACGAUCAAUAGCUCGGGAGGAUUCUUGUUUGUGGCGACUGAUAAGUUGUCGGUGAAAUAUACGAGCGUUAACCUCCAUGGCCACGAUGUCGGAGUGGUCCAAGCCAAUAAACCGGCUCCAGUGAAGCGGCUGCUUUAUUACUUUGAGAUUUAUGUGAAGGACGCUGGGGCUAAGGGGCAGAUUGCUAUUGGAUUCACCCAAGAAAGCUUCAAGAUGCGGAGACAGCCCGGGUGGGAAGCAAACAGUUUUGGGUAUCAUGGGGAUGAUGGAUUUUUAUAUCGUGGACAUGGAAAGGGAGAGGCUUUUGGUCCAACUUAUACAACAGGAGAUACAGUUGGUGGUGGCAUAAACUAUGCUUCACAAGAAUUCUUUUUCACUAAAAAUGGGACAAUAGUGGGAACAGUUUGCGUGGUAAAGGAAAUCAAGGGUUCCUUAUUUCCUACAGUUGCUGUUCACAGCCUAAACGAGGAGGUUCAUGUCAACUUCGGGCAAAAAAAAUUUGCUUUUGAUCUGAAGGAGUACGAAGCUCAAGAGAGGUUGAAGCAGCAAAUGACAAUUGAAAAGAUAUCUCUACCUCCAAAUAUUAGUUACGGACUUGUUCGCUCCUACUUGCUACAUUAUGGCUAUGAAGAUACACUCAAUUCAUUUGAUCUGGCUAGUAAAAGCACUGUCCCUCCUAUCUAUAUAGCUAAAGAAAAUGGCUUUGAUGAGCAGGAUAUUGUGUAUGCACUAAAUCAGAGGAAGACUCUACGACAGCUAAUCAGGAAUGGCGAGAUUGAUGCAGCCAUUAGCAAACUUCGUGACUGGUAUCCCCAAAUUGUUCAGGAAGAAAAAUCAGCUACAUGCUUUCUGCUGCACUGCCAAAAAUUUAUUGAAUUGGUUCGGGUUGGAGCAUUGGAAGAGGCUGUUAAGUAUGGAAGGAUGGAAUUGGCAAAAUUUGUUGAGUUGGAUGGAUUUAAUGAUUUAGUGCAGGACUGUGGUGCUCUGCUGGCAUAUGAACGUCCACAGGAGUCCUCUGUUGGAUAUCUUCUUGAAGAGUCACAACGCGAUGUUGUGGCAGACACAGUUAAUGCUAUGAUCUUAUCGACAAAUCCCAAUAUGAAAGAUCUGCAAGGCUGCUUACAUUCUUACCUGGAGAAACUACUGAGGCAGCUAACUGCUUGCUGUUUGGAGAGAAGGUCGGCAAAUGGGGACCAGGGUGAAGCAUUCCAUUUGCAUCGGGUUCUUAACAGUGGUAAAGACAUCAAGUCCUAGCUGAUAUAUGUAAAUUGCACCACUCAUCUUUUUCUGUCCAUAUCACCAAUAGAUCUUUGCUGAAUACCCUUCUCAAUUUUCAAGUCACUGGAUUGGUCUUACUGUCUGCUAUAUGGAGUCGAGCACCCCCUUGGGUUCCCCGCCUCCCAUAAAAAAAACAAGGGUUCUACAUUUUCUCUAUAAAGAUGGGGUGUUUUCUCCAUGUGCUUGUAAGCUUUUCUUCACAAACUUAUCCUUUACAUGAGAGUUUUCAGAUUUACUGGAUGCAGAUUACAAUGUGAAUAUUGUAGGUGAGACUUACACUUGAAUGUGAUUGCAGAUACAAUUCUAUCAGUUGUAUUCGGAAGAUUCCUACCAUUUGUUGUCAUUUGAUUGUUGGAAAGAAAUCUUGUUUAGGGGUA